GCCCCCUCCGCUCCGAGGGAGCAUCCCAGCCCCUCUCCUCAGAGGCGGCCUUCAGGCCUCCAGCCAAUCCGUGUUUUUGGGAAAACAUGGAGACAUCAGGACCCUCCUCCCAGACUCCAGAUCAUAGUCGAGUCCAUGGAGAAACAGAAGAUCUAGACUAUGAAGAGACGGAUUUCCACAAGCCAGACAGGGAGGCUGGACUCAUUUCUCAUGAACAACCCAAGCAGAUCAAGAGAGACAAGUCUUCUACCUCCUUCUCCUCUUCUUCCCCCUCCUCCUCUUCCUCCUCGUCAUCCUCCUCUUCCUCAGGUGCUGAGCAUGAGGAGCCUGACCUUUUGACGGAUGAGCUUCAGCUCUAUGGAGGUGCCCCUGGAGAGGUGGUGCCCUCUGGAGAAUCAGGACUCCGAAGAAGAGGUUCUGACCCAGCAAGUGGAGAAGUGGAGGCCUCUGAGUUAAGAAGACUGAAUAUAAAGAAAGAUGAUGAGUUUUUCCAUUUUGUCCUGCUCUGCUUUGCCAUUGGGACCUUGCUGGUGUGUUAUCACUACUACGCAGACUGGUUCAUGUCCCUUGGGGUCGGCCUACUCACCUUCGCCUCCCUGGAGACAGUCGGCAUCUACUUUGGGCUGGUGUACCGGAUCCACAGCGUCCUGCACGGCUUCAUCCCCCUCUUUCAGAAGCUUAGGCUGAUGGGUAAUGUUUCCAUCCUUCCUAUGUUCACCAUCUUCCUCCCUAUCAGGGUCUUUGGUUGCAAACAGGGCUUAGCCUAUAGGAAACAGCAGGGCCUGGAGUCAGGGGCCCCUGCCAAUUCACCAGCUUUGGGGCCCAGGAUCAUCCUUCAGCCUCCGUUUCCUCCACUGGACCCUGGGUGUAGGAAUACCCACUGCACAAGGGUGUUAUGCAAAACCACAUGAGGAAUGGAUGCGAAAGUCCUUAAGUGUGGAACACUGUAGAAAAGGGAAGGGAAUCUGGAUGUUCCUCAUUCUCUCAUAGAACUUUACAUUUACCCAAACACCAGUUUUGCCAGGAUUUUAUUUGCCUAUUAGGUGUGCUUCGGUUAUGGUGCACGUGACCGAUGAAGGAAUUGAGGCCCAGAGAGGUGGAGUGACUUGCCGAGGGUCACACAGCUAGUGUGGCUGGGCUGGGCUAAAGGAGAUCCUCUUUCUUUCUGACCAGCAGCUCUGUGCCUCCCAUGAUGUCUCAAAACUGAGAGGCCAGGGGGCUGUGUGGCUCUGUGCUGGGGAUAUCUGUCUCCUAUAGCCCAUUUAAUUCAUAAAGGGGAAAUUCGUUGCAGUGGCUGUGGGUCAUGGAGACCCGUGGCUUCUAGGGUGACAUUAUCCCAGCUGCGAGGAGGAUUUGGGCAUCUGGGGGGAUGGUGGAAAUGAGGCCUGGCUGCCUUCAGGAUCCCAUGCCAUCCUGCGGGGCUUUGCUUUCCAGGAUUCAGGAAGACCGACUGAGGCCAGUGCUGGGCCGGCAGCCACGCUGGGCCUCAGUAUGACCACCACUGCAUCUCCUGGAUGUGCCAGGGCAGAGCCCCGUUCUGGGAGACACGCGGGCGGGCCAGUCUAGAGAAAUAAAGAGAGCACUUUUCCUUCCGUGUAGUCUGAACGUUGGCACCAGCCUGGACCCGGGUAUCAUUUGGGCAGUAUUGGCAUGCAGUCCAGCUGCCAGGAUGGAAAGCAGAGGCAAGGUGCCAGGCCUAUGCCCUUUGCGGGUCCUGGAUCAGCAGGAUUCUAGGAUGUCACUGCUCUCAGGAGACAGUAGGAGACCCCUGGGCCCUGCAAGCUGUCAUCUGUGUGGGCUCCUGAUUCCUCUCAAAUCCCCAGGCCAUCCAGGUGGGGUGAGAGAGGGAAGAGAGCCCACUGCCCCGCGGCAGGGAGCCAUCAUGCCAGGCCCCCAGGGUGAACCUGAUACAGGCGAGCUGCUGGGGACUAAAGCCACAGCAUCAAGGCAUCUUCUCUAGCCCCAUUGCCUAGUGCCAGCCCCGCUGCCUUGGAUUCCAUCAAGAUUCAAAUAAACGUUUUCUUCCCUGGA